GCUUGCGACGGAGCAGACACAAAUCUUUCGUUUGAUACGGUACGCAGUAUAAGUAAAAUGAAGGUGUGUAAUAUCUGGCUGCUGGAGGUUCUGUGUAUCUUAUCAACUUUAAAGAUUGUCAACACAUCAGUUAACACCAGCCGUGAGCCAAAUGUCAAAAUAUCCACUCAAAGUUCAAACCACAGUGCUCCAUUCCGUAGUGGCAAGGCAGUAGAUGGUUGUAGAAAACAAAUCUUCGACAUCGACAGCUGCUGUUCACAUACAAAGACAGGUGAAAAGGAGGCAUGGUGGCAAUUAAAUCUAGAGGGACUGAUCGUUAUGGAAUAUGUCAAAGUAUACUACAGAAAUCAAGGGUAUGCGCAACGACAACGAUUUGGUGGCUAUCAAGUAUACCAGUCGAACACGUCGGAUUGGCGGAACGGUUACCUUUGCCAUAAAGACAUAACAUCAACGUCGGCUGCGUUGUCGUUGACUCCCCAGAUCAACUGUACAGGUAGCGCCCAGUACCUGACGAUAUACAGCGACAGACGGUCUGGAGGUCUAUCGUGGUACUCUAAAAAUGCUAUUCUGGAGCUUUGUGAGGUUGAAGUGUACGGUUGUCCGCUUGGGAAAUAUGGUGAUGGUAAUUGUGAAUCAGAUUGUGAUGUAGGCUGUGCCAAUAGUCUGUGUGAUCCAGUGACCGGAGGAUGUGCAUACUGUGCAGUUGGAUACUAUAGGUCUGGAUCUUUAUGUGUAGAAUGCCCAUCUAAUUGUUAUGAUAACAUAUGUUAUGUAGAAUCCGGUGUUUGUUCUGCAUGCAAACCUGGAUAUUAUGGUGAUAUCUGCAACACAAGCUGCCCGUCCAAUUGUAAAGGGGAUAUAUGUAAUCAGACCAGUGGGUUAUGUACAGAAUGUGCUGUUGGAUUCUAUGGCGGUUUCUGUAGUCAGCUUUGUCCUAUUAAGUGCAAGAACAUCCUUUGUAACCUGGACAACGGUCAAUGUAAAGAAUGUGUAGCCGGACUAUAUGGCACUGAGUGUAACCAGUCUUGUCCUGUCAACUGUCAAGAUACUUUAUGUCACAUAAGUAGCGGAGAAUGCAAAGUUUGUGAAGCCGGUUUUUAUGGAAGCCAAUGUUUAAAGUCGUGUGGCAGUUGUCAAGGUGUGAGUUGUGACAAGGACACUGGAGACUGUGCGACAGGGUGCACAGAUGGAUGGACUGGAAACGAAUGUGACAACAAGGUGGUACUUAUAACGAAUGGGGACUCCACAGUCGGAAUAGGCGUCGGAUCCGGAGUGGUUAUACUGGUUCUGGUCAUCGUGAUCAUUGUACUGGUCAGACGUCGCACGAUGAAGCGCGGUGACACCACAAGUUCUUCUCAUAUGACAGAUAUAUCAUUGUCGAGAACUGCAAAAGAGCUAAAACAAAAUCAAGAUAAUACCUACGACGAAAUAGCAACGUGCAACAACGAACAAACCAUUGCGCAGAUUUCACACAAUGAGGCAAAUUAUGAACAGCUUGGACGCAGGGAGGUGGAAAUUCCAAAUAUAUACGCGACAACAGAUGUUGACAAGGAAACAUAGGGAAAUGCUUCUUGUAAAAUGGACAGUUUUAUCAUUCAACACAACGUAACCUUGGUGCUGGAACUAAAUUACCCACAUAUAACUUUUGUUUUGAUGAAGUCGUCUCUUAACUGAACAUAAUAGUAAUUAGGGUGAUGAACAUUGACAGUUGUGUAGGUUGUUACUGUUCAGUUGUAAAUUCUGGUAUGAUUUUUAAGUUGUCAAACUAUCGGAAUGUCAGUUUUGUGAACCCAAGCAUGUAUCGUAUAUGCUGUCAAUGUUGAGGUUUAAUGUAUUUUCAUACUGACUUAGUAUUUCGUCGUUCUGUACAGCAGUUUAUAUAUUUUAUAUUACUGUAAGACAUUUGUAUUUAUCGCAGUUAACCAUUGCAGUAAACUUCAUAUAAUUUGUCAUUUUACGAUCCCAGAAGUUAUUUUGGGGGAUGGAUGUUUGGGAGUAGAAGUAUAAGUUGUUUUGAGCAAGUUCUCAAGCAGUGUUAGAUAAGCACACAGUUGACAGGUGG